AUGGGCACGCUAGCCUUUAUCUCACCCUUCCAGGUGGGCCACUCAGACGAGAAGCCUCUGAUCGAUGCCCUCCAGACAGUCGUGAAGCGUGAUCUCACGCAGAAGGAGCUCUUCGUGACGAGGCGGCUGUGGUACGAGGCCUCUACCACGGCAAUGGGAGAGCUCAAACAGAAGGUGGAAAGAAACGACUCAGCAGAACCAAUCCGCUUGGCUGUCGCUGAGAGGACUACGCGAAUCGAGGAACAACGCAAGCGCCUCAACGGGGUGCACUUCUCCAGUGACAGCGAGCCGAGCUAUCGCGUCACAGAUCUCGUGUUUCAGCAAGGCACCGACCAACAGCUCAUCUGGCUUCCUUGGGAGAAAUACACCAGCAGGGCACAAGAGAUCGUUUCGAGCAAAUCCGAUUUAUCCAUCAGCUUUGACAAUGGUGGAAACCUGCGCUUGAACAAGAAGUUCCAGGAUGCCCAGUGUUCUUUGACUGGCGAGUUGCAGGUGCGUCAGGCGCUCCAGCGCAGAUCCUUGUGUUACGAUCUUGCGCAACUCUGCUCCUAUUCAGUCAUGGAAGCCUACCACCAAGAGAUGUUCUCUCUUCUCUCACGCCCACCAGUGCCGGGUCGCAUGUGCAUUACCAUGGGCCAAGUCAAGGAGGCUGACAAGGUUCUUUUCCUCAAAAUUGCAGAAGAAACCAGAGGUGCCCUUAGCGUGCGGCCUGACGGCUCCAAGCCGAUGGAGCUCCAGCUUCUUGCCCUUAAAGCUCACCCCCAGGUGCAGUUCUGUGUGAUCCCCGGAGCCGCGCCUUCUGCAACUCCGUACAGGGUUGAGCCUUACGAAACCUGGGUUCCGGGAGGCAAAGGCAGAGGCAAGAAAGGUAAGACAGGCAAAGGUAAGGAUGGAAACGGCAAGACCGGCGGCAAGCAGAAUCAGGGUUCAGAGGUGCCGCCGCCUCCUGCUGCCUAUGUGUUGCCCGAUGGCUGUUCCAGCAAGGAUUCCGAAGGUGUUCCGAUUUGUUUCCCAUAUAACAAGGAUGGUUGCAAAUUUGCUAAGGACGGCAAGUCUUGCCGCCGUGGCAGACACAUCUGCUGGAAGUGCUUCAAGCCCCACUCUUACACCGCGUGCACCAAGGGCGGUGACCCGCUCCCAGAGGGCAAGCAGGCACACCCGGAGUUUAUGUACAGCACCAUCGCCAUUUUCGAGGAACUUCCCGUAGGCCGUCACAGAGUCAUGCGAGCACGACGUGUGUCAGUGGAGGGCCACCGCACCGUGUUGGUUGCUUUCAGCACUCGUGGUGUCGGCGACCUGCCUGCCAAGGAUCGCAGCUUCUUGUGCAACCUCGGUUUCAGGCUGCCCGUUCCAGGUUUUACCAAUAUGCACUUGCAAUCCGACUUCGACUGGGAGCCGGACCCGGCUCCGACCCAGUCCGCCGCAACUGCUGCUGCACAGCAAGUGCCAUCAAUAGUCGGCAUUUUGCCGCCCCCCCCACAGCUACCGCUGCCUUCACCUUCGCCCCGUAAUCCGAGCGAGCCCUCAGUCUCGCCUGCACCAUGUGACGCACAAUCCUUAGAUGCCUCGACCGCCGGUGCCACACCUGCUUUCCCACCCGCCCCUCCUGCAUCUGCUGCCAGCCGGAGUCAGCCGACUCCUCUGUUCGUCGAGGUUUUCGCUGGGUGUGCCAGGCUGUCUUCUACCUUUGCCGCCGCAGGUUUUCAGGUGCUCGCCGUCGACGGGCCACACAACAAGCAUUCGCCUCUGCAUCAGGUGUGGACUCUCGAUCUGACCAUUCGGCAUUGUCAGGACGCGCUUGUGAAGCGUCUCCUGUGCUCACCCGUGUUUCUGGUGCACAUUGCGCUGCCUUGCGGCACUGGCUCCCGGGCACGGGAGCGCCCUUUGCCAGCACACCUCUUGGCGGCUGGGGCGCCUCAGCCACAACCUCUGCGUUCCAGUCAACACGUGCUUGGCCUGCCGGAUCUCUGCCCCAGCGAUCAGGCCCGCGUGACUUCAGCUAAUCUUCUUUCAGAGUUCACGAUUAGGCUGCUUGCAUUGUGCCAUGAACGAGGCUGGCAUGUCUCUAUCGAGAAUCCGGUCAGGAGCUGGAUGUGGUCUGUGCUGGCCCACUUCACUCGCCAGCUCAAAUCCCCGGCCUUAGCCUCCUUCUUCAACGACCUUCACACUGUCGAUUACGCACAAUGCAUGCUUGGGGGCGCUAGGGAUAAGGUUUCUCGGCUGCUCACCUCGAUGCAAGCCUUGUGCCCACUGGCUUGUGAGUGCGAUAAGAAGCAUACUCAUUUGCCCUUUGCAGUGGCUCGUGCAGCAGGCCGCUGGACCUUCGCUACAGCUUCCGAGGCCGAGUAUCCUCCCCAGUUGUGUGAUGCUUUCUGUCGUCUUGCGAGUAAUUCUCUGCCCUCGUGUCCCACGCCCCUGCCUCGGCCCACGGUGCGGCAGUCUCGCCGCGCACCGCAGUUAAUCCCCGAGUUUAAGGAGUUCCGGGAUUCUAGGCCCACCCAGGGUGAGUUUCGCGAGCUUGUACGUGACGGGGGCAGCGACGGAAGCUGCUCAACUUUCGGCAUCUUUCACACAAAGCAGGAGUUCACCCACAAGGCCCUUAAGCUUGAUCAUCCCUUCGACGACGCAGCAGCGAUCGACGACAGCACGAGAAGAAACAUUUUCGAUCUUCUUACCAAAGGCCUUUCGUCUGUUGCUCAGAAACGCAUCAAUGCCAUAAAGAAGGUGAAUCAGAUGGCGAAGGAGCUCUCAGUGGAGGAAGCAAGGUUUCAAACUUCGUUACCACAGCAUGCUCAGGAGGUCUUGAAAGGCAAACGCAUACUGCUGUGGAGAAAGCUGUUGCAAGAAACUGGUUUCCCAGAUGUUUCGGUCAGUGAGCUCAUGGAAGGCGUCGACCUAGUCGGCAAACCGACCAAGUCGUCUCUGUUCGAGUGGAAAGAGGUCCCCGCGACUUCUUCAGUGCAAGAUCUCCUGGACUCAUCUGUUUGGCGUAAUCACGCGCUUCAGAAGUCGCCUGAUGUCGGCGACUCGGGCGAUCUUACGAGCAAGCUUUGGGAAUGCACUAUGCAGGAGGUUGAUAAGGGUUUUCUCAAAGGGCCAUUCCAGUCGGAAGAACAAGUUCGGGCAGCGCUUGGUGAAGAAGCCGUCUGCUGCACCCGAAGGUUCCUUGUCGUCCAAGGUAGUGCGGAGAAUCCGAAGUUCCGGCCCAUUGAUGAUUUUCGAGAAAGUGGCAUCAACGCAGCCUUUCAUUCCCUUGAUCGCCUGCGUUUGCACGACGUCGACUUCUUCAUUACCUUGUGCCGUUUCAUUUGCAAUGCUGUGGACGAGAAAGGAGUAGUUGUGGUGUUCCUCAGAAACGGAGAACAACUUCGAGGGAAACUCAGCCCGGAUUUUGGGCGAGACUGCGCAUGGGUAGGGCGGUGUCUCGAUUUGGAAAAAGCUUAUAAGCAGGUACCUUUGGCGUCACAGAGCCUUAGGCUGGCGGUACUCCUCGUUCGGGAGCCGCUCACGAAUGCUUUUCGCUUCUUCGUCAGUAACUCCCUGCCGUUCGGGGCAUGCGCGGCUGUAUACAGCUUUAACCGCAUUAGUCGUAGCUUACUUCAUCUUGCAACCACUCUUUGUGGUGUUAUUGGCGGCGUGUUUUAUGAUGAUUUUCCCUUAAUUGAACCGGCACUGACCGCCAGGCUAUGCUCUGUUUCAAUUGAGGCGCUGCUUGACACUCUCGGGUGGAGGUACAGUCGUGACAGCGAUAAGGACAAGCCGUUCGCAAGCCAGUUCAACUUGUUGGGAGUCCAGCUCUCUCUUGACUCUCUUCAUCUUGGCAGCAUCGCCCUGGAAAACAAACCAUCGAGAGUUGCAAAGCUUCUGCUAGUCGCGCAACAGAUGUGUGCAAGUGGCGAACUCUCGCGAGCAGAGGCCAUGUCUUUGCAGGGGCAGCUCAACUUCAUGGUCGGCUUUGCGUCAGGUAGAUCACUCAAGCUUGUUUGCCGAGCACUUUCGAACCUAGUCUACUCCAACCGAGCCUGGACGCGAGACGAGGUCAAGCAACUGGGAGGUUACCUUGAGUGUUGUCUCGAGGCUCUUGUGCCAAAGUCGAUGUGCUUGAAAGGGGGCUCACGGCCCCUCGUGAUUUUCACUGACGCCGCCUAUGAGCAAGGGGUUGCUACUUGGGGUUUAGUGGUUCUUGAUCCCGACUCGGGUAGGCGCGAAGUUGCUGGGGGUCAAAUCCCUUCUUCCUUGAUUGAUCUGUGGCACCAGGACACAGAGGAUCAGAUUAUCGCUCAGGCCGAAGCGUUUGCUAUGGUGAUUGCAAGGGAUUAUGCGGCAACCUUCGCAAAGGGCCGUAGGGCCUUUUUCUUCGUUGAUAACGAGUCCGCACGAUAUUGCAUGAUCCGCGGUAGCAGCCCCGUGAGAGCGCUGCUGGCGCUGGCUCACGCGUUUUAUGCAAGCGAGUGCAGAGACCAACUUAUCACUUGGAUUGAGCGUGUGCCAUCGGCAUCUAACGUCGCAGACCUUCCCAGUCGCGGCGAGUGUGCGGCUGCAGCCAGGAUGGUAGGAGGGCGUGUCAUCAACAUUGACAGCAUUGUGAAAAUCGCUGCUCAGCGGUGCUCGGAUACCAGCGCUCUGCCUUGGAGCCUCUUAGCGUGCCACUUCAAGGGCCCUGUUCCCGCCUUUCACUUCUCGUGA